ACGUCAAUCAUUGCGGAUCACGGAUCACAUUAGAAAUACGCCUGCCUAGCAGUCAGCUGUAGUGGCUCGAGUCCAGUGGCGAGACAGCAGACGUACAACAAACGAACUACGCAAGCUAUUCUGUCUAUUUUCAAUCCUGAUCUUUAGGCACCAUUAUUCUUAGCAAUAUUCUUCCCUAAUGAUUUUCCACAAAUCUUGUAUCUCAAUCUACAGUUUUACAUAGUAGAAGUCUUUCGUUUGUUCUCUCAUUUACACACAAUCAAACCCCACCAUUUGCAUCAUGCCUCCUUUUAACCAUCCUGCCGUCUCAGUCGGCGUCAUCGCCCUUUCGGUCGCCGUCGCAGCUGCCAUAGCGGUUUACGAAUCACCUGAGCUACAGCGCAUGGCGAACGAUCUUCGACGCAGAAUCGCUAUAGCUCUCCACGCUCUCGGCGACAGCGUUACCCCUCAAGAACGAGAGAACCUUUUCAAUAGACCCGAAGAUGCCGAAGGAUUCUUCCGAUCCCGGGGAGUUGAUAUAAACGCCGAUGGUGACAUGGGUGUCGAUGCCGACGAUGAGACCCGCCGACGACAACGAGAAGAAUUAAUGUAUUGGAAUGCCCUGCGCGAGGAGAAGAGAGCUCAGGAACAAGGCGACCCAGAGAAAUUUGGAGGUUCACGGCCGCGAGGCUCGAGUUUUGACGAUUUUCUCCGGGAGGACGGCAAUGCUGAGAAGGGUACCUACGUUUUUCAGACAGGAUUAGAAGCCCAGAACAAUGAAGGACUUCGACGACGUGGAGACGGAGCUCGAGGUUUAUCUCAAUCUAUCUACACGAACCCCUUCUCUGACGAGCACGGAAUCGACGAGAACAUUGCCUUCGAGAACAGUUUAAUGGAUCCCGAGCGAGAUGAAAUCGAAUCGGAUAUCUACAGUGCCAGCACACAGCUCGGUACGAAGGACACCACGCCUCAAUCCGCAACCCUGUUACCAUCUCCCGCUAUUACUGCUGCCGCUGCCGCUUCCGCCACCCAGCUAGUCGAGACUGAGGAUCACACAUCUGCCACCCCGUCAGCGCCUGCCGAACCUUCCGAACGAGAACUUGGCCCUGAUGAAUAUAUGACCGCCGGACAGGAGGACUCCCACGAUGCUUACAGCUCUAUUCAGGCUUGGGCUCAUGACGCUUCAACCGCCAGCUUCUACUCGCCUCUACCAGUUUCUCCCGCCGAACCCAUGUCUGAGCCAGAGCUUAUCAGCGAUGGUAUGCUGACACCAACGGACUCUGCUUCGCUGGCAGGUUCUGGGGAGGAUGUUGGAGAGGCUGUAUCUGCAGUGUCAUGGACUGGAAGUCGACCUUACGAUGUGAUGAGCGACGAUGAGGGUAUGAUGACCCCAGCAAGCUGGACCGAGGUCGGAAGCGUGGUGAGCGAGAGCGAGGCCGGCAUCGCCGGCGCAGUGCACCAUUAAUAUCGGUGGUUCUCUUCUUGUUUCAUCUUCGAUACCGCAGGUUUUCAUGGCAUGGCGUCUUGGUUAGGGAUUUGGACUCGAGGUAACAGGAUCAGCAUUGGACAAAUGGGCUAGGCAUCCCGACAAUGGAGCCAUUACUUUGUUUUUUUAUUUGGUUCUU